CCUCCCCUCCCCUCGCUGCUCAGGGAGCGGGGAGAUGCGAGGAGGAAAGGAUGCUGCUGAGCUGCACUUUGCUCCAGUACUUGGCACGUCCUUUGCAGUACAGGCUGUUUUCUGAGCAGAGAUGCUGCCUCCCAGCCGAUGCAGCCAUUCCCUCCUGCUCCCCUUGAAAGGAGAUGGAAUCGUAACCCGGGAGUGAGUGAGUGAUGCAGCCGCUGCACAGAGACUGACUGUGAGGAGGAAAAUUGGAGAGCCUGGAAUAUGUGCCUGCCUCAGCAGCACUGCAGUGGUAAAGCCCCUGACUGACUACGUGCAGGUUACUGUUCUUUAGGCAUUGCUACAGAGAACUCCAGAGUCGGAUGAAAUGCAUCGGCCUCCUUUUUCACUGCUUCUCUAUUGUCAUCAUGCAUUAAUUGCUGGGAGUUAUUUUCCUUCCUGUGGCUGCCUGCCUGCAUCUCUUCUCAUACUGCAGGAGAAACAGUGAGGGAGAGAGCUCAGCACCAGCCCAGCGUCUUGUCCCACAAGAACGUUCUGCAGGAUGUGCCAGCGCAGUCAGGGGCUGCUGCAAUGGUGCGUGGAACCUCGGAAACAGCUGGAUUUGGGAUUAUUAAUGCUGUGUAAAGGUGUCCCACACUCCAUCUAGCAACUAGCUGGAGACAUUGGCUGCCCUUUGGGGCUUGCUGACUGCUUUUGAUUUUCCUCCCAUUGCUGGUUUCACGCUCAUCUGGGUCGGCAGCGUUUGUGCGACAGGAAGGGACUUCCCUGGCCAGGAAUCAGAGGAUUUUUCUGCGUGGAAAGUGCAGGUGUGAGCUCUGGAGGGGACUGCAGUCUGACCAGCCAUGGCUCAAGCAGCUAAGCAGCUGAAGAAAAUCAAAGAUAUCGAGGCUCAGGCUCUGCAGGAACAGAAGGAGAAGGAGGAAUCCAAUCGCAAGCGCAGGAACCGCUCUCGGGACCGGAAGAAAAAGAGAGGGCAUGCACCAACCAUGGACCCCUUGCCUUCUUGCUGCAAGCAAGGAUCUCCUGAAGGGAUGCUGGAGCAGGAGUCUGCUGUGCAGGCUGAUGCUGCAACCAGUUUCUUGAGAGCUGCAAGAUCCGGGAAUCUGGACAAAGCCUUGGAUCACCUCAGGAAUGGGGUAGAUAUUAACACCUGUAACCAGAACGGGCUGAAUGCCUUGCACUUGGCCUCCAAGGAGGGCCACGUGAAAAUGGUGGUGGAGCUGCUGCACAAGGAGAUUGUUUUGGAGACAACGACCAAGAAGGGAAACACAGCCCUGCACAUCGCUGCCCUGGCUGGACAGCAGGACGUGGUCCGGGAGCUGGUGAACUAUGGGGCCAAUGUCAACGCCCAGUCACAGAAAGGCUUCACGCCUCUCUACAUGGCAGCGCAGGAGAACCACCUGGAAGUUGUCAAGUUCUUGCUGGAAAAUGGAGCCAACCAGAAUGUAGCCACAGAGGAUGGCUUCACGCCGCUGGCCGUGGCUCUCCAGCAAGGGCAUGAGAACGUGGUUGCUCACCUUAUUAACUAUGGGACAAAGGGCAAGGUGCGUCUGCCCGCCCUGCACAUCGCAGCCCGCAACGAUGACACUCGCACAGCCGCUGUGCUGCUGCAGAACGACCCCAAUGCUGACGUCCUCUCCAAGACUGGAUUCACUCCCUUGCACAUUGCAGCCCACUAUGAGAAUCUCAGUGUGGCCCAGUUACUGCUGAACCGUGGAGCCAGCGUCAACUUCACGCCACAGAACGGGAUCACUCCCCUGCACAUUGCCUCCCGCCGGGGCAACAUCAUCAUGGUGCGGCUGCUGCUGGACCGCGGGGCCCAGAUCGAGACAAGGACCAAGGAUGAGCUGACCCCUCUCCACUGUGCUGCACGCAAUGGACACGUGCGGAUUGCAGAGAUCCUCCUGGACCACGGGGCUCCCAUUCAAGCCAAGACUAAGAACGGCCUGUCGCCCAUCCACAUGGCAGCGCAGGGCGACCACCUGGACUGCGUGCGCCUGCUGCUGCAGUACAGCGCCGACAUCGACGACAUCACCCUGGACCACCUGACGCCGCUGCACGUGGCCGCGCACUGCGGCCACCACCGCGUGGCCAAGCUGCUGGUGGAGAAGGGCGCCAAGCCCAACUCCAGAGCCCUGAACGGCUUCACGCCCCUCCACAUCGCCUGCAAGAAGAACCACAUCCGCGUGAUGGAGCUGCUGCUGAAGACAGGGGCCUCCAUUGACGCCGUCACAGAGUCUGGCCUGACCCCCCUGCAUGUGGCUGCCUUCAUGGGGCACCUGCCCAUCGUCAAGACCCUGCUGCAGCGUGGAGCCUCUCCUAACGUGUCCAACGUGAAAGUGGAGACACCCCUACACAUGGCAGCCAGAGCUGGGCACACGGAUGUGGCAAAGUACCUGCUGCAGAACAAAGCCAAGGCCAAUGCCAAGGCCAAGGAUGACCAGACUCCCCUGCACUGUGCUGCCCGUAUCGGCCACACCGGCAUGGUCAAACUGCUGCUGGACAACAACGCCAACCCCAACCUGGCCACCACGGCAGGGCACACGCCCCUGCACAUCACUGCCAGAGAGGGGCACAUGGACACGGCCCUGGCCCUGCUGGAGAAGGGGGCCUUGCAGACCUGCAUGACCAAGAAAGGAUUUACCCCUCUCCACGUUGCAGCCAAGUAUGGGAAGGUGGAUGUGGCAGAAUUGCUGCUGGCACAUGAUGCUCACCCCAAUGCAGCAGGGAAGAAUGGCCUGACCCCGCUGCAUGUGGCUGUGCACCACAACAACCUGGAGAUUGUCAAACUCCUGCUUCCCAAGGGGAGCUCCCCACACAACUCAGCCUGGAACGGGUACACCCCCCUGCACAUCGCUGCCAAGCAGAACCAGCUGGAGGUGGCCAGCAGCCUGCUGCAGUACGGGGCCUCUGCAAACGCCGAGUCUGUGCAGGGAGUCACCCCCCUGCACCUGGCUGCCCAGGAGGGGCACGCAGACAUGGUGGCCCUGCUUUUCUCCAAGCAAGCCAACGGUGACCUCGGCAACAAGAGUGGCCUGACUCCUCUCCAUCUUGUGGCCCAAGAGGGGCAUGUGCUGGUUGCUGAUGUUCUGGUGAAACAUGGAGUGACAGUGGAUGCAACGACCAGGAUGGGCUAUACCCCCCUGCAUGUGGCCAGCCACUAUGGAAACAUCAAGCUGGUGAAGUUCUUGCUGCAGCACCAAGCCGAUGUCAAUGCCAAGACUAAGCUGGGCUACACCCCCCUGCACCAAGCAGCGCAGCAGGGCCACACGGACGUGGUGACGCUGCUGCUGAAGCACGGGGCCUCUCCCAAUGAGAUCAGCACGAACGGCACCACUCCCCUGGCCAUCGCAAAGCGCCUCGGUUACAUUUCCGUCACGGACGUGCUCAAGAUCGUCACAGAGGAAACUGAUAUCCCGCCAGUUGGUGACAAGCACCGCAUGAGCUUCCCGGAGACUGUAGAUGAGAUUCUGGAUGUAUCAGAGGAUGAAGGCACUGCUCAUGUCACAGUAAUGGAGGAGGAGCUGAUGGCACCAAAACCCAGGACAGCUGAUCUCAGGGACCAGGAAGGCAAGAGGGAGAUACUGGAGUUCAUGACCACGACGACACUGGAGCAAACGGUGGAGUCUCCAGCUGUCCUGCAGGUCCCCUGUGUCCCACCUGAAACUGUGGUGACCAGAGCAGAGGAGACUGAGCAGGUAGGACCUGUGGAGACAGAAGCUGAGCAAGUCAGCCUGCUGCAUGCACCCUCGGUGUCCCCACAGGAGCCCUCCAAGGAGUUCGACGAGGACUCCCUGAUCCCCAGCAGCCCUGCCACUGAGACCUCGGAUAACAUCAGCCCGGUGGCCAGCCCGGUGCACACGGGGUUCCUGGUGAGCUUCAUGGUGGAUGCCCGUGGGGGCUCCAUGCGGGGCAGCCGGCACCACGGGCUGCGCGUGGUCAUCCCGCCCCGCGCCUGUGCCGCUCCCACCCGCAUUACCUGCCGCCUGGUGAAGCCCCAGAAGCUGCCUGCGCCCCCUCCGCUGGCUGAGGAGGAGGGUCUGGCCAGCAGGAUCAUCGCCCUGGGGCCUGCUGGUGCCCAGUUCCUCAGCCCCGUCAUCGUGGAGAUCCCACACUUUGCCUCGUACGGGCGCGGGGACCGCGAGCUGGUGGUGCUGCGCAGCGAGAACGGCUCCGUGUGGAAGGAGCACCGCAACCGCUACGAGGAGAGCUACAUGGACCAGCUGCUCAACGGCAUGGACGAGGAGCUGGAGAGCCAGGAGGAGCUGGAUAAGAAGAGAGUCUGCCGCAUCAUCACCACCGACUUCCCUCUCUACUUUGUGGUCAUGUCCCGGAUUUGCCAGGACUGUGAUAUGAUCGGCCCUGAGGGAGGGUGUUUGAAAAGCACGCUGGUGCCCAUGGUACAGGCCACCUUCCCAGACACUGCUGUCACUAAGAGAGUGAGGCUGGCCCUACAGGCACAGCCCGUGCCUGACGAGCUGGUGACCAAGCUGCUGGGGAACCAAGCGACCUUCAGCCCCAUUGUCACGGUGGAGCCACGACGGAGGAAAUUCCACCGACCCAUUGGCCUCCGCAUCCCGCUGCCACCAUCCUGGAAGGACAAUCCGAGGGACAGCGGGGAGGGUGACACCACCAGCCUGCGCCUGCUCUGCAGUGUGAUCGGAGGGACAGCCCAAGCCCAGUGGGAAGACAUAACAGGCACCACGAAGCUGGUCUACGAAAAUGAGUGUGCUAACUUUACCACCAAUGUGUCUGCCAGGUUCUGGCUGGCUGACUGCCCGCGCACGGCUGAGGCCGUGCACUUCGCCACCAUGCUGUACAAGGAGCUGACAGCUGUGCCCUACAUGGCCAAAUUCGUGGUGUUUGCCAAGAUGAACGAUGCACGGGAAGGCCGGCUGCGCUGCUACUGCAUGACUGAUGACAAGGUUGACAAGACCUUAGAGCAGCACGAGAACUUCACUGAGGUGGCCCGCAGCAGGGACAUUGAGGUGGUAGAGGGGAUGCCUUUGCACGUUGAACUCUCAGGGAACCUGGUGCCUGUCAAGAAGGCCACUCAGCCCCGCACCUUCCUCUUCCAGUCCUUCCGGGAGAAUCGUCUUGCCAUCCCCAUCAAGGUCCGGGACAGCAGCCGGGAAGCCAGCGGCUCCCUGUCCUUCUUGCGCAAGGCCAUGAAAUAUGAGGACCUCCAGCAUGUGCUCUGCCACCUGAACAUCAGCAUACCCCCCUGCACCAAGGGAAGCGGCAGCGAGGAGCGGAGGAGGACCCUGACGCCGCUGUCUCUGCGGGAGCGGUACAGCAUCCUCAGUGAGACCAGUUUUGGCUCUCUGAGCAGCACGGACAAGGCAGACCAGAAGAUGGUUGACAUAGCAGAACAGCUGGGCCUCAGCUGGGCUGAGCUGGCACGCGAGCUGCAGUUCGGAGUGGACGACAUCAACAGGAUACGUGUGGAGAACCCCAACUCCCUUCUGGAGCAGAGCAUAGCCUUACUCAACCUCUGGGUCAGCCGCGAGGGCAAGAACGUCAAGAUUGAGAAUCUGUACACGGCACUGAGGAACAUCGACCGCGGCGAGAUCGUCAACACGCUGGAGGGCUCUGGCCGGCAGAGCCGCAGCCUGAAGGGCAGCUGGCGCUACACGGACAGAGAAUACUCCCUCUCGCCAUCCCAGAUGAAUGUGCUGCCAGGUUACGCUUCGCUGCAGGACGAGCUGCUGUCCCCCGCCUCCCUGCAUUACACACUGCCAUCCCCGCUGCGUGCCGACCAGUACUGGAAUGAGGUGGCCAUCAUGGAUGCUAUCCCCAUGGCUGCCACUGAGCAGGACGCCCUGAUGGAGAUGUCCGACAUGCAGGUGUGGUCCUCGGGGCUCACCCCCUCUCUGGUGACGGCUGAGGACUCCUCUCUGGAGUGCAGCAAGGCCGAGGACUCGGACGCCACAAGCGAAGGCCGGUUCACAGGGCAGCUUCUAGCAGAUGUGCAUGGCCCAGACCACAUGGGCUCUAUGGACCUGGUUGAGGAUGACACAGUGGACUCAGAUGCCAUGAAUGGCCUGAUUGACCUUCUAGAGCAGGAGGAAGGGCAGAGGCCAGAGGGGAAGAUGCCAGCCGGUGAUCAUCAGCCAGGGACUGGGGAGCAGGACCCGGAGAGUGAAGUCUCUUUUGUUUCAGUUCAGCAGAAGGUGCAAGCCAGGAUCACGACAUCACCUACUAUUAGCCACGCUGUGGAGAAGAGUGCAGAGAGGCUGAGGGACUGGAAUGCAGAAGGCUCCUUUAUCUCCUGCCUACAGGACCUGACAGCGGGCUCCUGGCAGGAGGGGGUCACCCGAAGGCUGCUCCCAACGCACACCACGGCCCCCGAGGCACAGGGCCAGGAGCAAGGGCAGGUCCUGGUGCCGGCCGUGGAGCUGAUGCGGAUCAGCUCUGCAGAGGACAGCGACUGGCAGCCUCAGCACCCCACGGGCGGCUGGCAGGAGGAGGCCCACAGCCGCUUCUUUGGGCAGGGGAACGAAGUCCUUCAUCUCCCUGGAGAGCAGGUGACUGAGGAGCAGUUCACAGACGAUCAAGGCAAUAUCAUCACCAAGAAGAUUAUCCGGAAGGUGGUGCGUCAGCUGGGCCCCGGUGACAUGGGUGACAGGCAGGAACAGGAGGAGCUGAUUCUGGAGGGCUCCCUGCAGGAGCCCCAAGACCUGGAGGCUGAGGAUGAUCACUUCAUGAAAUACUCCUUCUUGCACCGGGAUGGUCUGGGGGCCAAGGAGGAGGUGCGAGUGCGUGUCCCGAAACCAGAGGUCUCCGGGGGCAGGAUGGGGGCUCAGAUAGUGAAACGAGCCAGCCUGAAGAGGGGGAAGCAGUGACCCCUCAAAUGGCCUCUUUUGAGGAUCGCACCUCAACACCAAACCACUGAACUCCACACACGUUCUGACACAUACCUGAGAAGAGAGGAGAGGAGAGCAGAGAGUGGAGGGGAGCAGGGCUGGCUGUACAUGUUUCUAUAGGCUAAUGGCAUGAUUUCUGUAUGAGACAUACUUACCGUCCUAUCCGCAUGACUGACUGA